AUGUCUAAUCAACAAAAUAAUGAUGUCCAAUUGGACGAUGAUGUUCAAGGGAUACAACAAUCAUCAAAACAACGUUCGAGAAAUUUCUAUCGAAAGCGACCUGGUAGUGAACGACAAAAUCAAGAUCUAGGAGAAGAUGAAAAUCAUGGUCCAAAUGAUGAUGAUGAUGAUGGUGCUCAACAAUCGAAUAAUUCCGAUGAUAAUGAUAAUCAUAUGAAUAAUAUACGAGGUCGUGGUGGUCAACGAGGAGGUUAUCGACGUUUUCGUGGUCGAGGACGUUUUGGGCGUAGUCUACCAUUCUAUGGUGAUUUUCGUCGAGCUUAUACACCUUAUACAAAUUAUAUGACUGGACGCGGAGGAGCUUUUAUCCCUGCAAGUGGAUAUUAUGGUCCAUUAUAUCAUGGUUAUGGUGGUGAUCUAUCAGGACAAGAUGGUUUUAUUGAUUAUCCAAUACGUGGUAAUCGGGGUUUUCGUGGUGGUCGCGGACGUGGUAGACGAAGAAGUCAAAUAUCAAAGAAUGAAAAUACCGAUAAUAAUAAUAAUAAUAAUAAUGAUCAACAACAAGGAGACAAUACUAACGUGCCUAAACGUCGUAAUUCAAACCGUUUUCAACGUAAACAACAACGACAAACUAAUGAAAAUGGUACAGAACAACAAACUGAUAGUGUUGUAACAGAUGAUCAACAUCAAGAUGAAAAUAAUCAAGGUUCAACACGUCAACAACGAAGGAGAUCUAAUCGACAACAACAACGUCGUCGUAGUACAAAUGCAAGUCAAAAUGAAGUUGAAACAGAAAAAUCUGGACAAACAAAAAAACCUAAAGAUGAUGAAACAAUAGUGAAAAAUCUUCUACGUUAUAUGGUUAAUAAAGUUGUUCGUCGUUUAGCACCAAGAUAUCGACGACAAAGCCGUGCAAAUACAAAAGAACUAAUUGAUAAUAAUAAUAAUACUAAUAAUAAUAAUACUGAUGUUGAAAAAUCACAAACAAAUAAUACUCAACGUCGUCGACGUAGUAGUGCUUAUCGACCAGGAAAUGGUUAUUUCAUGGAACAAGGUUAUUAUGAUCCAUAUGGUAUGACACCAUAUUAUUAUGGAAUGUAUUAUGGUUAUUAUGGUCGAGGAUUUAGUGGUCGUGGUCGUGGUCGUGGCGGACGUGGUCGCGGUCGUGGUCGUGGUCGUGGUCGUUUUCGACAACGUGCAGACACUAAUAAAGAGAAUCAACCUCAACAGAACAGUGAACAGGAAAAAACUGAAGAAUCAAAGCCAAUUGAUGAUAACUCUCAAAGUAAAACAACAAUAAGUGAAGUAGUCAAUCAAUCAUCAAAUAAUGAUGAUACAAAUCAAUGA